AAAAAACACAAAAAUCGAUUUACUUUUCUGUUGUGCAGUUCAGUCAAUUCCAAUUUCAGUUAAAAGAAUUGGGCUUAAAAUUUAAUUAAUAAAAUAAUAAAGGAAGAAAAAACACCAACAUGUCAGCUGCAGUACUACCCCUACUGUUCUUUACAUUAGUUUUUGGUGGAGUAGGAAUUAUUCUACCCAUGAUGACUCCAAAAGGACCAAAUCGGGGACUUAUCCAGUGUGUCCUUAUGAUAACCGGAGCUACGUGCUGGUUAUUCUGGCUCUGCUGCUACAUGACUCAAAUGAAUCCCCUAAUUGGACCGAGACUAAAUCAAAAGACUCUCCUUAUGAUGGCCAAGGAAUGGGGUAAUCCCAUCAAGGACUAAACUAAGUAGCAGUUUCCAAAAUUUAGAUUUAUUUGUUGAAAAAUUAUACCAAAGAUUAUAAGCUUACCUAUGUCAUUUAUGUCUAGUAUUAUGUAUUUAUUUAUUUAUUAAAAUAAAAUGUUGAGUGCAAAAAUAUA